CCCUAUAGCAGCUCAAUUCAAUACGCCGACAUCGCUCUAUUUGGUGUCAAUUGAAGCCGUGCCUUCAUCGCUAUUAGAUUCUCACUUUUCUUCGUAUCCUUUGUGCUGCGUGAACAGGCCCUUCGCCAUGUUUCAGACCUUCGAGUUUCCUGUGCCUACAAAGGAUAUUUUGUCGUAUAUUUUCGACAAUCCAAAAUACGAUCAGAACCAAGCCGUUAGUACUGCUACAAUAGAACGCUACUUCCUCCCCAAGGUUCCCAUACUAACAAUGUGUGUAGAUCUAUGUUGAUGCCUACCACCCCGAGCGCAGCAUCUCGUGCAAUCAGGCGCGUCGUAUCAUUCGCUCUCUAAUUGCUGGGCUGCGGGCUGCGGGCGUCAAGCCUGGAGACUGUGUUGGAAUUCACUCCUUCAAUGAUGUAUGUAUUUUCGAUGAUGUCCCUCCUCUCAGAAAUAAUCGGAACGUAUGACCGUGCCGUACACGAGUUACUGACUACAGGCGACACAGAUCUACUACUCCAUGCUUGUGCUGGCCAUUAUCGGCGCUGGCGGUGUCUUCACAGGCACCAAUCCAUCAUACACAGCAGCAGAACUCUCCCAUCACAUCAAGACAGCGCGGUGUAGCUUUCUGAUAUCCGAGUCGGCUAUUUUGGCACCGCUCCUCGAUGCCGCGAAGCAAAACCAGAUCCCUGAGCGCAACGUCUGGAUCUUUGAUCCCCUAAACCAAGAUACGCCAAAGACCCAUCGCUCGUGGCGAGAUUUGUUCAAUUACGGUGAGGAGGACUGGGUUCGCUUCGAUGACUUGGAAACCGCACGCACCACAACAGCAGCUAGACUCUUCAGCAGUGGCACCACUGGUCUACCCAAAGCGGUCGUAAUAACACAUUACAACAUGAUUGCGCAACAAGAGCUGGUGUAUACUGCUUUCCCGCGACCUUACCACGUAAGUCUUAUUCAGACCUUUCGAUCGCCGCCAAUUCCUGUUACUUAUGAAGCUGGUUAG